CCAUAAAUAUAUUUUAUGAAGUAAUAUUAUCUUUGUUUUAUUAUUAUAAUAGAAGAAAAAAAUAUAUAGCAAAAGAGUAGGAGAAGGAUAAGCUUAAGCUCACAAUAUAUUUAUAUUUUGCCUACUUAUUUGAUUUAAAAUUUCUGCCUAAAAAUGCCUCUCCGUUCACCACCGCCGGUGACGUUCAUUUCCUCCUCCUUCCUACACCACCCACCCACCCACCCAAUUCAAAGCUGAGUACAUCUAAUUUGGUUGGGGUGGGGUUCCUUAAUUUUCCGACGUGGGGUCUCUUGCUUAAUUUCCCGGCGAGAGGUUGCUUGCUUAAUUUUCCGGCUAGAGGUUGCUUGUUUAAUUAUCCGGCAAAGAGUUGUUUCAUUAAUUUCCAGGCGAGGGGUUUCUUAAUUAUACGGCGAAGAGCUGUUUCAUUAAUUUCCCGGAGAGGGGUUUCUUGCUUAAUUUCCCGGCAAGGAGCUGCAUAAUUAUCCGGAGAGGGGCUUCUUGCUUAAUUUUUCGGCAAGGGGCUGCUUAAUUAUCCGGCUAGGAGCUGCUUCCUUAAUUUCCCGGUAAGUGGCUGCUUAAAUAUCCGGCGAGGGGUUUCUUGCUUAAUUUUCCGGCAAGGGGCUGCUUAAUUAUCCGUGGAGGAGCUGUUUCCUUAAUUUCCCGGCAAGUUGCUGCUGAAUUAUCCGGAGAGGGGCUGCUUGCUUAAUUUUCCGGCAAGGGGCGGCUUAUUUAUCCAAAUUGGAAUUUCGUGAUUAAUUUUCCGGCAAGGAGCUACUUAAUUAUCCGGAAAAGGGUCGCUUGCUUAAUUAUCUCUUCGAGGGGUUUGGUAAUUUUCCGGCGAUUGGAAAUCGUCGUUUUUCGAUCGAAUUAAUGACAAAGCAAAUAGUGCUCCGUGCACCUUCAUCCCUUUCAAUCGGCCGGCGACGGCAACCAUUAUUAUCCAACCAAGAUACAUCAUCACGAGGUGGUGUUCGAAAAGCACGGUUAGCAGAGGUUGCCGGUGGAACAGCGGCGGAAUGCGCCGCUGUUUGUUGUUGUUGUCCAUGUGGACUCGUUAAUCUCCUCGUAAUGGCAGUAUAUAAACUUCCGGCAGGACUUUGCCGGAAAGCACUAAGGAGAAAACGCCGGCGCCGGUUAAUGAAAAAAGGGAUUCUACAACAAGCCAAAGGACAAUGCGGAUUUGAUGAUUCAGAGAUUUCGAUUCAUCCCAUCGGAGCCACCCAACUCGCGGUGGUUGACGGCGGAAGUAGCUUGAAAUCCGAUAAGGAUAUGGUGGCGCUAGAAAAAGAAAUGUGGAGUAAAUUUUAUGCUGCUGGGUUUUGGAGAAGUCCUUCUCAAAGGAGUGAUAUGUAAUAAUAAUAAAAUGGUAAAUAAUUGCAAAAUAUUCAAAAUUUAAUGUAUUUUCACACUUAUUUAUUGGUGGAAUUUUUAGUUUUCUUGAA